CCCAUCCACCGCCGGCCGCCCCUGUCCCAGCCGCGAGCUCGUCUCCUCCGACCAGCGCGUCCCCCACCGCGCCAACCACCGUUUCCCGGCCUCUCGAAGCCACCGCGCCACCCCGCGCUCGUCUCUCUCUCUCUCUAGUCUCAGGGCUGUUUCAAUAAGCUAAAGACGAGAAAAAUGGAGAUGCCUAUGGAGAAUUUGUUGAGUUUGGGUGAUGAUGGUGGUGAUAGCAACACAUUGAUCUUGCAAAGUAAGAAAAAGAAUAAAAAGAAGGGCAUGAAGCAGGAGUGUGAAAAACGGAAGACCGAGGCAACCCCAAAAUUGAGCAAAUCACAGAAGAGGAAGCUAAAGAAAUUGGAGGAAGAGAAGGAAAAGGCACUUUUGCUGUCGAAAAGCCUCGAAACCUUACAGAAAUAUGAGAUUCCAGACGGUGCAUUUUCUCUUCUGAAGUCGUCUAGAAACAUUGGUCAGGCUGAAACUGUGAAGAGAAAACGUAGGAGGGUGGUAGAAUGUACUGCUGAAGUUCCACAUAGUGAUCAACCACUUGAGAAAAUGGAUGCUGACGGUGUUCUUACUGAGAGUGAAACCGAGUUGGAUGAACAGUAUUUGAGUCAGGAUCUUUACAAGAAUGAUCAGGUGCAGCCAACCGUGGUGGAAAGAGGACUCCCAGAAAAUGCUAUUCUUUCUUUGUGCUCGUCCCAGCAUCCAGUUGAUGGCAAUGAGCCCGGUGUGAAUGAUCAAUAUGUGGCUGAUGAUUGCAGAAAAAGCACAAACUUAAUGGAUAGGACCAUUGAGAGCCUAAAAGUGGAGCUUAAUAGUACAACACCAACUGUAGUGCACGUAUCAAGGCCAGCCGAUGUUGAGAAAACGAGGAAGGAUCUUCCAAUUGUCAUGAUGGAGCAGGAGAUAAUGGAAGCUAUCAAUUACCAUUUAACUGUCAUUAUAUGUGGAGAGACUGGGUGUGGUAAAACUACCCAAGUUCCUCAAUUCCUUUAUGAAGCUGGAUUUGGUUCAAGACAAUAUGUUGCUCGAGGCGGUACUAUUGGUGUUACCCAACCGCGCCGUGUUGCUGUUCUUGCCACGGCUAAGCGGGUUGCACAUGAGCUCGGGCUCUCCCUUGGUAAAGAGGUUGGGUUUCAAGUUAGGUAUGACAAAAAGAUUGGCCACAAUAGCUCAAUCAAGUUUAUGACAGAUGGGAUUUUGCUACGAGAACUUCAGAAUGAUUUUUUGUUAAGGCAUUACUCUGUUAUAGUUCUGGACGAGGCUCAUGAGAGAAGCUUGAACACAGACAUUCUUGUUGGAAUGCUUUCACGUGUAAUUCAAGGCCGUGAGAAAAUAUAUGCACAGCAGCAAAAAUUAAUGCUUUCGGGGCAAACUAUAAGUCCUGAAAAUCAGAUUUUCCCGUUAAGACUUGUGCUGAUGAGUGCUACAUUGCGAGUGGAGGACUUCAUUUCUGGUAAAAGGUUAUUUAGCAAUCCUCCCCCCGUGCUUGAAGUUCCUACCAGACAAUUUCCAGUCACUACACAUUUCUCAAAAAGAACAGAGAUUGUGGAUUAUAUUGGCCAAGCAUAUAAAAAGGUCUUAGCAAUUCACAAGAGGCUGCCACAAGGAGGUAUACUAGUCUUUGUCACUGGUCAGAGAGAAGUUGAAUAUUUGUGUCGAAAGCUACGUAGAGCUUCAAAGGAACUCAUAUCGAGGGCAUCAAAAGGAAAGGUUGAGACUGAUCAAGCAGUCACCAAGAUUGAAUCUGUUGAGGGAAUAAGCAUGGAGGAGAUCAAUGAAGCUUUUGAUGCUCGUGGACAUUCAGAGCAGCAGGAAACUGACAUGUUUCGCUCAAAUGAUGAUGAUGAUGAUUCUAAUAGAUACGAGGAUGAAUUGGAUUUUUUAAAUGAUUUAGAAUCAGAUAGCGAAUUGGAAAUUAUGGAUGAUAAUGAGGAGUCAUUGCAAGAAAAAACAGCGGAAAUUCAUGAUGGUAAUCUCAUGGAGGUGAACCUUGUUUCACUGAAAGCUGCAUUUGAAGCUUUGGAAGGACAGGCUGCCUUAAACUGUAGUUCUGAUGGAAUACAGCCUGGCCCAGUUACUCAGGAAGCUUGCUUAGACCAAACCAAUCCUAUCGCUGAAAAAACAAGUGGGGGUGAAAAUGGUUCAUCUGUCGGUGCCCUGUGUGUUCUUCCUCUAUAUGCCAUGUUGCCUGCAGCAGCACAGCUACGUGUAUUUGAUGAUGUCAAGGAAGGGGAGAGGCUUGUUGUUGUGGCAACAAAUGUUGCUGAAACCUCUUUAACUAUUCCCGGAAUAAAGUAUGUUGUUGAUACAGGAAGGGAGAAAGUGAAAAAGUACAACUCCUCCAAUGGCAUGGAAACAUAUGAAGUUCAGUGGAUAAGUAAGGCUUCAGCUUCUCAACGUGCAGGAAGAGCUGGAAGAACCAGUCCUGGCCAUUGUUACCGUCUAUAUUCUUCGGCAGUCUACAACAACACAUUCCCUGAUUUUUCUCUUGCUGAAAUAUUAAAAGUACCAGUUGAGGGUGUUGUCCUUCUCAUGAAAUCCAUGCACAUUGAUAAGGUUGCCAAUUUUCCAUUUCCAACUCCUCCUCAGGCUGCUGCAUUGAUUGAAGCAGAACGCUGUUUGAAGGUUCUUGAGGCUCUUGAUAGUGAUGGAAAGCUUACAGCUUUAGGGAAGGCCAUGUCUCGCUAUCCCAUGAGUCCUCGACACUCGAGGAUGCUCCUUACUGUUAUUCAGAUAAUGAGGAAGAAGAAAAGUGACUCUCGACCUAAUUUGGUUUUAGCAUACGCGAUUGCAGCAGCUGCAGCUUUGAGCUUGUCAAAUCCUUUCGUCCUGCAGUUGGAAAAUAGUAAUAGUAACACUAGUAAAAGCGACUUGGACCAAGAUGGGGGGAGUCUUGACGCUUUAGAGAACAAUAAAGUCUUGGACAAGGAAAAAUUGAAGAGGAAGAAACUAAAAGAAGCUGCAAAAACAUAUCGGGAAAAAUUCUCUAAUCCCUGUAGCGAUGCUCUAUCUGUAGCCUAUGCUUUGCAAUGUUUCGAACUCGCGGAAAGCCCAAUGGACUUCUGCAAUGAGAGCUACCUACACCUUAAAACCAUGGAGGAAAUGUCCAAGCUGAGAAAGCAGUUACUUCAGCUGGUAUUUAGUCAUACUGAUGAUUGUGAUCUUGAGCAGGAGUUUUCGUGGACCUACGGUACUCUAGAGGAUGUGGAACAAUCUUGGAGGGCGUCCUACAAUAAGCACCCUCUUUCACUCCUCGAGGAAGAGCUCUUAGGCCAAUCCAUAUGUGCUGGUUGGGCAGACAGAGUUGCAAAACGCAUAAGAAGAAUUUCAAAGUCAUUGGAAGAUGAAGGGAAAGUUCAUGCGGUUCGUUAUCAGGCCUGCGCGGUCAAAGAAAAUGUGUUUCUUCAUCGUUGGUCAUUUGUCUCUAAUUCAGCUCCGGAGUUUUUAGUUUAUAGUGAGCUGCUACAGACAAAACGGCCCUACAUGCAUGGAGUGACGAGGGUAAAACCAGAAUGGCUUGUUGAGUAUGCUCGUUCUCUAUGCACUUUCUCUGCGCCUUCCACAGACACCAAGCCUUAUUAUGAUCCUAGAACUGACCAAGUUCUGCAUUAUGUUGUUCCGACUUUCGGGCCUCAUUUAUGGAAACUUGCACAACAUAGCUUGCCCAUUAGCGAUGUUAACCAAAGAGUGGUGGUUUUCGCUUACGCUUUGCUUGAAGGGCAGGUGUUGCCGUGCUUAAGAUCUGUUCGCAAGUUCAUGGCAGCUCCGCCCGCCAGCAUUUUGAGGCCAGAGGCAUCGGGCCAAAGACGGGUAGGAAACUUGUUGACCAAGUUAAAGGUCAAGUUCGUAGAUAGUUGUGCCAAAUUAAGUGGGGUCUGGAUGGAGAGCCCCAGGGAACUAUAUUCCGAAAUCCUGGACUGGUUUCAGGAGGGUUUCCGCAACACGUUUGAAGUGCUUUGGUCACAGAUGCUGAGUGAAGCCCUUUUAGAGCCCAAGAACGGUUUCCCAAGAAGUCAAAAGAGUUUCCAAAGAACGAAAAAAAAAAAAAAAAAACAAGAG